GAUGAUGAACUUCACAGUGCAGUGGAAGCCAACUUGGUGCAGUAAAUAAUGGCGGAACUAUUCCGGCGCGGAAGACAAUAAGGGAGGGAUUGAGUUCCGCCAUUAUAAGUUGCAGCAUGAAGAAGGAACAUGUCCAACAUUGUCAAUUUUCUGUCUGGUAUCCAAUAUUUAAGCAGCAUACAAUUAAAAGUGUGAUUCUUCCCCUGCCUCAGGAUGUCAUAGACUACUUCCUGGACGACGGGACCCUGGUAGUCCCUGGGAGUCACCACGCUGCACAGCAGACGCACAUUAACGGCGACUUAGAUGGUGAGGAAGACAUUCAGUGGUCUGAUGAUGAAACAACUACCACUGUCACAGCUCCAGACUUCCCAGAAUUCACUGCUCAAGUGCUGGAGGCCAUCAACGCUUUGGGCGGCCGCGUCUUUCCCAAACUCAACUGGAGCGCUCCAAGGGACGCCAACUGGAUCGCACUCAACAGCUCCCUCCAGUGUCGCAGUCUCAGCGAGAUAUUUCUGCUCUUCAAAAGCUCCGACUUCAUCACACGUGACCUCACGCAGCCAUUUGUCCACUGCAGCGACCAGGACUCCCCCGACCCAAACAUCAGUUUUGAGCUGGUCUUGAGGAAAUGGAGUGAGCUGAUCCCUGGGGGAGAGUUCCGCUGCUUUGUGAAAGAAAACAAGUUGAUCGCCAUCUCCCAGAGAGACUACACUCAGUACUACCCACACAUCCUCAAACAGCAGGACUCCAUCCUGCACGCCAUUCUGGACUUCUUCAACCAGCGCAUCCAGCAUGCCUUCUUAGAUGAAGACUUCGUGUUGGAUGUGUACAGAGACAGCCAGGGGCGGGUGUGGCUCAUUGACCUGAACCCAUUUGGCGAGGUCACCGACUCGCUUCUGUUCAGCUGGGAGGAGCUAAGGUGUGGGGGAGGAGUCGGCCAGCAGCAGGAAGGCCCUGACUUCCGCUACACCACCAGCGAGGUGACGGUGCAGCCCAGUCCCUGCCUCAGCUACAGAAUCCCACGCGACUUUGCCGACCUUUCAACUGGAGAAGACGCCUAUAAACUCAUUGACUUCCUCAAGCUGAAGAAAAGCCAAGAAGAGGAGUCCUCGGACGAGGAUGUUGAUGCUGCACAAGCACACUGAUGACUGGAUGACAUGUCCCAUCAUGCACCUCUCACAAUCAACACCUGGAUGUCCUGCUAGCAUGUCAACAUCCGACCCUGCACUUCUCCAUUAAUCUUUUCAUGCUGGACAUAGGGAGACCCCAAGUCCUUUUAACCACAGACUAAUAUAUUUACACAAGUUGUGUAUGAUUUUAAAACAAGUGCAUUUGAAAUUGCAGGGGGAAAAAAAAAAUAGUGCUGACAUUGCACUUCAUUUUAAACAUUUAACUCAUUCCUUUACAGAAUAAGAACAUUUAAAAAACAAGUGCAACUGUACUUACUUGCACAGAAGUAUCAACAUUGUAUUUCCAUGUCAUAUUGCAUUGGAACUAGUUCCACAGCAGUUUGUAUUCUUUCCUUAUCUCAUUGAUCUCAUCUCAUACCGAAUGUGUGUUGAUGUGUUCGUGCACAUAAUAAAAAAAACGUUAUUAUGGUCUUA